AUGGCAUACCCCUUUGGAACGGGGCCAGGAGAGGACCGUGGCACACGCGACUUCUUCCGGGGAGAGCCACCAAUACCCCCAUGUCCUUCCUGUCCUCCUCCUCACCCCUUCUUGUUUCUUCUUCUCUUAUGUGACAUAUUCCCUGUGUCCCCUUCUUCUCUCAGAGUGAGGACCUUCCCUAAGGACUCUGCCUUGCUGGGCAGGGACACGGUUCGAGCCCUGAUGUAUUACGCCCUGAAGGUCUGGAGUGACAUCGCGCCGCUAAACUUCCACGAGGUAGCCGGCAGCGAUGCGGACAUUCAGAUAGACUUCACUAAGGCCGACCACAACGAUGGAUACCCCUUUGACGGGCCAGGGGGCACCGUGGCACACGCAUUCUUCCCCGGGGAGAGGUUCACAGCUGGAGAUACACACUUUGACGAUGACGAGGCCUGGACCUUCAGAUCUCCAGACACUCAUGGGAUGGAUCUGUUUGCGGUUGCAGUCCAUGAGUUUGGUCACGCCAUCGGCCUGGUCCACACCUCAGCCAUAGAGUCCAUCAUGAGACCGUACUACCAGGGUCCUGUAGGAGACCCUCUGAAAUACGACCUACCGUAUGAAGACAAGGUCCGCGUCUGGCAGCUCUACGGGGUCAGAGACUCGGUGUCCCACACAAACCGACCAGGCAACCCCUCCCAGACGGCUGAACCCCCUGUCCUGCUGGACCUCCCUGAAAACAGGUCCACUCUCCUGCUGACACAAGAUGCCCCAGACAGAUGUACCAGCCACUUCGAUGCGGUGGCCCAAAUUCGAGGGGAGGCCUUCUUUUUUAAAGGAAAGUACUUCUGGCGACUAACAAGAGAGAAGCACCUGGUGUCCCUGCGCCCUGCUCAGAUCCAUCGCUUCUGGAGGGGCCUCCCCCAAAAUUUGGACAGUGUGGAUGCUGUGUAUGAGAGACCUGGGGACCAUAAAAUAGUUUUUUUCAAAGGUCUAAAGUACUGGGUAUUUAAGGAUAAUAACGUAGAGGAGGGCUACCCUCGUUCAAUCGGUGACUUUGGCCUACCCAUAGAUUGGCGCUUUGUUUGGCUACACAACGAGAAAACCUACCUUCUUCAAGGACAACCUGUACUGGCGCUACGAUGA